UCCCACCCCAUCUCCUCCCCGCCCCGCCGACUGCCCCCAAAUCCAAGCCAGCAUUUCGCGAAAUUUUCCUCAGAUUCCACUCCGCCCAAACCAUUUCCGCUUUCGCCCAAAACUCAAAUCCUCGUUCCCUCCUCCGCUGCAGCUCUCAAAUACCCAUGGCCGCCGCUCCCCUCCCAAAUCCAGCUCCACCUCCAGCCUCGCGGCGCCGCCCCCGCCCCCGGUCUCGAGUUCUCCCGCCACUUCAGCCCGGCAAGAGCGGCCGCCGCUUGUCCCCGCGAUGGCCGCCGGUGCUGCAGCUGACAAGGAGAACGCCGCUCCUUCGACCUCGGCCGCCGCCGUGCCUCGGCGGCACGGCUAUGGUGUCAGGAGCUGCGGGGUGAAGAAGCGACCGUGCAGGGCGCGGUGGGCGCCCCGGGUGCCGCUCCGGGACAUCACCAACCUGAUUGCGGCGACCUCGGCGCCCGCGGGGCACGAGGCUCAGCUCGGGCGGGACGUAUCGCCAGCUACGGCUGCGGAGUUGCCGAAGCCCCAUGCGGUAGAGCCGGCGGCGGCGGUGUUGAGGGUGGCGGCAGCGCAGGAUGGGCUUUCUGGUGGCGCGGCGGCGAAGAAGGCGGCCAGAUACUCGCUCCGGAAGGAGUUCAGAUGACUGUACAGUAGAGUUUCGAGGUGAUGGGAGUAUGGGACGGGUUGGGUUCUUGUUGUUUCACCGUCCAAUAGCUCAUUGGAUUCGAUUGCAUCCUAUUGGAUGUUUUGAUUCUUUUCCGUUCUUCAGAAUAAGAAUGAGUUGCUCACAUAGGGAGUAAAGUAUGAUACAUGGCAAAAUUGAUAGUUUCAUG